AUAUGUUGAUAUACACCAAAACGAGACAUCAUGGCGACUGGGUAUCAUAUUAGAAGGAUGUUUCUCCUUGUGUUUUUACUACCCGUAUUCAGCACUGGAGACAAUAUGCCAGAUCAAACACGUGUAGAGGAAUGGGUCCGAAACUUGAGCAAGAACAUUGAAAACUUUGGCAAGAAUCUUCAGGUUUCUACAAUUGGACAAAAGUUUGACAACCAGACAGAAGCUGUACAGGAGAUUGAUGGAAAGGACUUGAUAGAAAAGAUGGCCGACCAAGUGGCUCAGAUGCUAGGGAAAAAGACAGAGGCCCUCAAGAAAGCAGUUGAAGUAGCAGAGAGAGCAGCAGCCAGUCAUAACUAUAGCGAGACUAUCCGAGAAUCAAAUUUGGUGAACUAUUACAAAUCCAAGGAUCCCACCUACAAUAACUUUUCCAGUAUUCUGGACAAGAAUGAGAAGUUCAAACAGGCUGUGAACACGUCUGUCUCAUCUGUUCAUAUUCCUGUGGAAAUUUAUGAGAAAGAUCCUGAUAUCCUCAAUGCUUUGAAGUGGUCUCAUGCCCUGGACAAGGUGUUUAGAGAGAAUUACGACAACGACAAGGAGAUUUUAUGGCAGUAUUUUGGCAGCCAGACGGGAUUCAUGAGGUCCUUCCCUGCGAGUAUGUGGAAAAUGACAGAUGAUGUAGAUUUGUAUGAUGUCAGACGCAGACCAUGGUACACUCAAGGAUCAAGUUCUCCAAAAGACAUGUUGAUCCUCAUUGACACGAGCGGCAGUGUGGUGGGUCAGUCUCUCCAGCUGAUGAUUGUUGCUGUUAAGUCUAUCCUGGACACCUUAGGAGAAAACGAUUUUGUACAAAUUGUCAAGUUUGCAGACAAAGCCGAAACAGUGGGCUGUAUGAAGGGAUUUGUGCAGGCUAACUACAGAAAUAAGAAGUAUUUGUCUCGUGUGGUGGGAAAUCUGUCAGCAGAAAACAUGGCAAACAUCUCCAAAGGCUUAGAGUAUGCAUUCGACCAGUUUGACAAGUUUGAGAACUCCACGGAGGCAGGAGUGGGGGCCCACUGUAACAAAAUGAUCAUGCUUCUAACAGAUGGAGGCACCGACAAUGGGGAUGAAGUGUUUAAUCGACGAAACUUUAACCGACCUCUUCAGGACAGGGUCCGUGUGUUUACCUAUGCUGUUGGUCAGAAUCCAAACCCUACAAAGGACAUUGCUUGGAUGGCAUGUGCAAACAGAGGUCGAUUUUCGGAGAUUCCAGCCAUGGGGGCCAUAAGAGCCAGAGUUCAGGAGUAUGUGGAAGUGGUCGCACGACCUCUUGCCUUGAAACACACCAACUUUGUCAAAUGGACCAGUAGCUACAAGGGAUCCCAUGGUCCAUCUUUGGAGUAUGUACCAGUGUUAAGUCGACCAGCUGCCCUUCAAGAUAUAAAAGAGUUCAAGUGGGGCAAUAUCUACAAUGAUAGUUUGGGUCUUGGCAUGGUAGUGACAGUGACUCUCCCAGUGUACAACAGGGCACCCUCAGGGUCAAACCAGACAAUUCUUGGAGUGAUGGGAAUUGAUGUUACAACAGAACAGAUGCAAAGAUACAGUCCAACAUGGCAGCUUGGUCCUGGUGGUUACACUUUUGCCAUCAACACUAAUGGCUAUAUUAUAUUUCAUCCUCGUCUGAAGAUCAGUGAUGAAAUAGAAGACACCCCCAACCUGGAUUUUCUGGAUAUUGAAAUUGAAAAUGACAAGAAAAUACAGAUGAGAAAAGAGAUGAUUGAUGGAAAGAAAGGGGAAGAGGAAUAUUCUACAUUUGUUUCUUCCCUAGAUGAAAACUAUGUCCUAGAAGACACAAGGAAAUAUUUUUACACACCUAUUGGGAGUACCACAUUCAGUCUUGGUCUUGUUCUUCCACAUUAUCAAAAAUACAUCAUGAGAAUAGAUGCAGCUUUCAGUGAAGCUAAAGCCAAAGAAAUGAUCAGCAUUUUGAAGGAACAGAACACAGCUAAAUUACUAGCACCUUGGAAAUAUUACAAAUCCAGCAGCAUUACAAAGAACCAUAACUCUAGUGAAGUGGUUGAAGAUCUGAUUACUGCUUUGGGGAAUUAUUCACAAAAUCCCGAAAACUUUAACACCAGUGAGAUGAAACAGCUGUAUGUGGAUAUGAAGGUCUCUAAGGCUCACUUUCUGAUGAUCAAGGACUUGAUGAAAUUAAACUUCUUUAACCCAAGUUUAAACAGUUCAGAUGACUCAAAAACAGAUGCUGCCAACACUACAGCAUUAUUCUUGGCAACCUAUGGUGGUCUAACCACUGUUUAUCCUAAAAGUGAGUCUGUUGAUAUGGAGAAGUAUAGAGAUCCGUGGACCUCCUCCUAUUUCAGACGAGCGCUUCACUACAAUCAGACUUUCAUGUUCCAGGCUCCAUACACACUAGGCCCUCUGGACAAUGAGACUACUCCUACAGUGAUGGUGACACGUGCAGUGAUGAGUACUAAACUGCAGGAAAAGCCAGCAGCAGUCGUUGGUAUGAUCAUUACCCAUGACUACUUGGUUGACCUUAUGAACACAAUGUCUGAAUCAAAUGGUGCCAGUUCUGUAUACAGCUGUAAGGAUGUGGAUAAUGUUGUAUGUUUCUUGGUGGAUGACGGAGCUUUUACGGUAGCAGCCAGUCAUCCCGACUACAAGGAUCAGAUAGGGCGGUUUUUGGGUCACGUGGAUGCUGGUCUCAUGGCACAGUUGUAUGGAAAAGUUUAUUCAAGGAUAGAAGAAGUUGACUAUCAGGCCACAUGUAUAGACUGGGGAAAUCAGACAAGUGCUGCUCCUCUGGGAUUUAGAAUUCCUUCCGUUACUUUACUAUUUGAGUUUCUGACUUUUAACUGGUGGAGCAGUGUAUGGACUUGGGCUGUCGUUAAUUUGAAUGUAUACAGUUGGUUUAGCCCCCCACCCACCGUUGCAGCUUUUCAGAUGGAACCAAAGAAGUACAUUUGCAGCAAGAAAAGAGCUCAGUAUUAUUUUAACCCCAACUUCAAAGAAGAUGUGGAAGGAAUUGUCUACCCUUGUAAUGAAAACUGCACAAGAGAUUACGUGGCCAGACUGGUACCUAAUAGUAAUCUUCUGUUUGUGGUCAUCAGUUCAGCCUGUCCUGAUUGUUAUGAAUCUGCUAAAUCUAAAGAUCUUAUACAGGAGCCUGUAGAAAUGCAGACUGCAGAUCAAGAUAUAUGCAACCAGACAGCAAGAUACAGAAACAAUACUUCCAAGUGUUAUGAUUUUGAUGACAGGGAGACUAACCCAGGGUGUGGUGGACCACUGUCUACCCAGGUGUCUAUCGUGUUGGUGGUGGUCGCCACUCUCCUAACCAUUACACUCGCCAGAUUAUCAUGAGGAAUGGCCUGAUAAAAGAUAUUCCCCAAAGAUUACCAUGAAGCUCUGUAUGGUGGAAUUCUCCCUGUGUAACUUACAGCUUUUGAUACCCAGAUUAUUUGUACUGGACAAGUACAGUUCCUAAUAAAUAUCUGUUCUAUAUGUGUCAGGAGACUAAGGAGAGUAUGAGCAAGUAUUUGAUAUACAUGAUUAUUCAUGUUUCACUAUUUAAUGUUGAAGUGAACAUCAUCGCAAAGUAAAAAAAAAAAUGAUUGCUCUCCUUUAAGAAUCUGUGGAUAAGGAAGAAUAUGAGUCCUUUUUAAGAUUCUCUCUGAUUCUGAAUGAGUGAAUUUUCUUUUUAAUUGAUGAAUGGGUGAACAAAUGUUCUGCCUUGAUUUGAAAUUUUUAUGAUGCAUUGUUAUGCCGAAAGAAGUUCCUUCUUCUAUCCUCAUGCUUGAAACUCUUUAAAAAUAUGGUACAGAUUAUACAACAAUUAUUGCUUUACAUUUUGUGUGACAACAUGAGGAUAUUUUUAUUGAUGUGCAUAAUAUUUCCCCUUUUAUAUACCAUGACAAGCUUUUUAUGUCAGGAAAGUGAACCUCUGUACUUAUAUGUAUUAACAUUGUGCAAUAAUGCUCAUGUGUUUCCUUGGGCGUGCGAAGAAAUAUGUAACAUGAUAAUACUUACCUCUGACAGCGACCAAAGAUACAGGAAAUUUAAAAAACCUUCGCUAUACUUUGCAUAAUUUGUGUGAUUUUGUGCCAAAUGUAACAAACUAUAUCCUGUUACAAUGAUUUGUAAGUAUGUAUUUGUACUUGUUGUUAAUAUUUUUAUGCCAUAAUUUAUUCUUAUUCAGAAGUGUUGAUCACCUUUAUAUGUAACUGACCUGUAUUAGUUGUCUUUUGAACCAAUGUUUUGCCCUAUAAAUCAUGUUUUAUAAGCAUUACAUGUAUUAUGAUUUGGUGUAAUUUUAACUCACCUGAGCCUAAAGGAACAACAGUGUUUCCCUUGGACCUCUAUUUAUUAUCUACGCAGCUUUCAGUGUCACUCUUUCAAUGUCUAUUGUUUAUAUCAUUGUCAUUAUUCCAAUUAACAUUCCCAGCUAUAUGUCCAAAACCUCCAGAGCUGGGUGUCAGUGCUGCAUGUUUUGUUUUUAACAACUGUACAAGAUUUUUCCAAGAGGUGUAUGUAGUUGAUUAUCAGUGCAAGUAUACAUGUAUGUAAAAGUUGUACAGUAUUCAUGUUAUGAAUGAUAGAAAUUCCCAUUGUUAUACAUUUAAAAUAUCAUUGAAGCUGUGGGAAAUUGAUGGGUUUUUGUUCUUGUUCAAAAUUAGUUAUAAAAAAAAUACGGAACUUAAAUGGAUUGGGAAUUUUCUCUUUUUUUCAUUUCAUAUUGUAUUUCAUGAUAAUCAUCUGCAUUUACAUAUUUUGUCUGUUUAUAUAUUAUUCAUUCAUUGUUUUAAUUUUUCUGGUGGUUGUUUACUACAUAUACAUGUAUUUGAUAUUUCUGUAUGCAGGAAAGAGCAUCAUACUUUCUAUAGAUGGUUGUAUAUGAAUCUCACCAUAUUUAUAUCUGCAUGUCUUUACAUUUGUAAUUCCUUUUUUCCAAUUCAUUGUUUUUUUUUUGUCUCUGCACUUUUUUGUGAGCAACUAGGGAUGUUUUAUACUAGAUCUCAUUCUCACCAUAUUUCCUAUUAAAUUAUAAAGAAAGUU